UAUGGUGUCUAAUCCAACUUCGACAGCGUUAGUUAUCAAUUUACAAAAAGUCGUUUAAAAAAAUUCUGUAAUUUUGAGCAAUUCACCAUAACCAUGAGUAAUCAACCUGUACUUCCGCCCCCGGUAAUGUGGGCUCAAAGAUCUGGAAGCGUAUUUUUAACUAUAAAUUUAGAAGACGUUAAAGACCCCGAUAUUAAAAUUGAAAAAGAUCAAAUAUACUUCAAAGGUGUAGGUGGUGUAGAAAAGAAAUUAUAUGAAGUAACCAUUCCCUUAUACAAAGAAAUUGACCCAGAAAAAAGUAAAAGUUUUAAUAGAGGUAGAUGCAUUGAAUUUAUAUUAACAAAAGCCAACACCGAAGAACCUUACUGGCCAACAUUAACCAAAGAAAAGAAGAAGUACCAUUGGUUAAAGUGUGAUUUCAAUAAAUGGCGCGAUGAAGAUGACUCAGGUGAUGAGGGAGGUUUUGGAGGUGGAGGCGAUUUUGAAGAAAUGAUGCGACAAAUGGGUGGCUUAAAUGCAGGUGGUGGUGGUGGAGAUAAACCAUCCUUUGAUGAUUUAGAUGAAGAACCAGACUCUGAUGAUGAGCCAAUUCCCGAUCUUGAGUAGUAAAAAUUACCCAUCAACUAACACUUUGUAUGUUUCAAAGGUUUUUCUCAUUUAAAUAACUUACGUUUUGUUUAUAACCCUUUUUUAUAUUUGAUUUUAUUUUCAACAAAUAUAGUUUUUGAUUAGUACUCAAUGGAAUUUAGAGUGUAUCUUGUACACUCUGUAAGCAAAUAAAUAAAUGUCAGCUUUUAAACAAAUGGACCCACUAAUAAAAGUAUUUGUAUGGA